AUGGAGGCGGCGGCGGCAGCGUGGCUGGUGCCGGGGACGGUGGCCGUGGCCCUCGCCGCGCUGGUCCUGUUUGCCUUGCGUGUGCCCCCACAGGUUGCCCUGAAGUAUAGCCAGAAAUAUGGCAGUGAGAAAGUGCGAGUCCUCCCGUUGGUGAAGAAUCGUGGGAAGGGGGGAGCGGUCAGGAUGGGUGUCUUGAGUUCCCGAGGGAGGAAAAUACUCAUGGCGGACGCCGACGGGGCCACAAGAUUUGAAGAUGUCGAGAAGGUCGAGAAGGGUCUUGAGAGCCUCCAGCCCUGGCCGGACCAGAUGGCCAUCGCCUGUGGCUCCCGCGCCCACUUGGAGAAAGACUCAGUCGCCCAGCGCUCCUACUUCCGAACGCUCCUCAUGUACGGAUUCCACUUCCUAGUGUGGUUCCUCUGCGUGAAGGAAAUAAGGGACACCCAGUGUGGGUUUAAGCUGUUAACCCGGGAAGCUGCUUCCCGGACGUUUUCGACUCUUCAUAUAGAGCGCUGGGCGUUUGACGUGGAACUCCUUUAUAUAGCUCAACGUUGUAAAAUACCGAUCGCAGAGGUCGCUGUCAAGUGGACAGAAAUUGAAGGUUCCAAACUGGUCCCCUUUUGGAGCUGGCUGCAGAUGGGCCGGGACCUCCUGUUCAUUCGUUUGCGAUACUUGACGGGCGCCUGGCAGCUCGGAAUGAGGAAAACGGACUAGGUUUUACAUGCACUUACCAAAUAGAUUUUUAUAUUUCCAAAUACCUGGGAUUACUACAGUGACGUGAAAUAAGGGAAGAAGGCUGAGGUUACCCGUCUUUACCGCUACACAUGAAUCUUGUUCUUUUUAAUUUGCCAAGAAUGCCGAUGUUCCGUAAGAUGCCUUUUUUGUUUUUGUUUGUUGUUUCUUCUUAGUUUUGCAAUUGGGGAUCAGUCUCUUUUCUUUUGUAGAAGCGUUUGGACAAUUUCCCCACACACACACACGCCAAGAAAGUGUGUGGCGGCAGUCAUAAAUGUUAAUUAAAAAAAGACCCCACAAACUGUUACGGUCCACUAAUUCUGUCAUCACAGCGGUCCAAAACAUGCUCACAGUUUGGUGUGCAAGAGAUUGUAUCGUUGGAAUGCACAGGACCAGCUGAAGCCCACAGACAGUCCUUUGUGGGUGAGGGAGGAGCACCGAAAAGGAGAAUUCUCUCGAUUUCAGACUCUCACCCGUUGACUUGAACUGGCUGCAGACGUUUGAAAACUCCCGUGUCGUUGUGUAACUUCUUCCCUGAUGCUAUGAAUGCCAACGUUUUGUAUGUGAAGGUGACCCAGGCUGUUUUUGAGGGUCCAUUGAUGUAAGCAGGAACAGUGUUGGGUCGGUUGAGGUCAGGAAGGUGUUAAAGUGCUUAACUUUCACUGGGUUGUACGUGAGCUCUCUUUCAUCUCUGCCAAGGUACAUCUGUCAGACAGAAGGAGGUACGCUUGAUAGUGGAAAUAAGCCGGACGUCAGGAAAUAAUUGUGUAAGACUCUGCCAGCAUCACUUUUUCUCUGUUCCCUGUCACAGUGUGUUUGGGCUCUGAGUGUAUCCGACUUUUUAAACUGCUGCAACGGUAAUUCCAGCAAACAUUCAAAGUAUUUUCACGUCUCGAAGUGGUGGAACAUUAAAUGGGAAAAUG